AUGGUUUAUAUCCACUACUCUCUUCAGAAAUUCAACCAGCGUCUACAAAAGCAGCAAGGCCGAAUCACUUAUCUUACGCCCCGCCAUUAUCUUGACUUUGUCGCUCAAUAUGUGAAACUUUUCAAUGAAAAGCGGGAAGAUUUGGAAGAACAACAACGCCAUCUGAAUGUCGGUCUUGAGAAGCUCCGCGAUACUGUGGAGAAAGUCAGCGAAUUACGACGGAGCCUUGCUGAGAAGAAGCGCCAACUCGAACAGAAAGAUGUGGAGGCGAAUGAAAAGUUGCAACGCAUGGUUGCCGAUCAACAAGAGGCCGAGCGACGUAAAGCGGCUUCACUUGAAAUACAAGUGGCACUAGAAAAGCAAGAGCAUGAAGUAGCUCGUCGAAAAGAAAUCGUCUUGGGCGAUCUUGCCAAGGCUGAACCUGCCGUGCUUGAAGCCCAGAAGAGUGUCAGCAAUAUUAAGCGACAGCACCUCACUGAAGUUCGUGCGAUGGGAAAUCCUCCUGCAAGUGUUCGGCUUGCGCUGGAAUCAGUGUGCACUCUGCUUGGUCAUAGAGUUGAUAACUGGAAAACCAUUCAAGCGAUUAUUCGGAGGGAUGAUUUUAUUGCUAGUAUUGUCAAUUACAACAACGAAAAACAAAUGACCCGUAGCCUGAGGAACAAGAUGCGUGUGGAUUAUCUUUCCAAAGACGAAUUCACUUUCGAGAGAGUAUACCACGCCAGCAAAGCUUGUGGCCCGCUAGUCAAGUGGGUUGAAGCUCAGGUGAACUACUCUGAAAUUUUGGACAGAGUCGGACCACUCCGAGGCGAAGUCGAUCAACUAGAACAGCAGGCAUUGCAAACUAAGGCGGAAGCACAGGCUAUCGAAAACACCAUAAACACUCUGGAAAGCAGUAUUGCCACCUACAAAACUGAGUACGCGGGACUUAUUAGCGAAACCCAGGCCAUUAAGACCGAGAUGUCGCGCGUGCAAUUUAAGGUCGACAGAAGUGUCCGUUUGCUAGACAGCCUGUCUUCGGAAAGAUCUCGUUGGGAGGAAGGAAGCAAAUCCUUCGAGACGCAGAUAUCCACUCUUGUCGGAGAUGUCCUCAUUGCAGCUGCUUUCCUCGCAUAUGGUGGCUUGUACGACCAACAGUUUCGAAAGGCAAUGAUCGAUGACUGGGUGUACCAAUUAGGCCAGUCAGGGAUCAGCUUCAAGCCCCACAACCCCAUUACUGAGUACCUGUCGAAUGCAGAUGAGCGGCUAUCCUGGCAAGACCAUUCGCUUCCAGUUGAUGACCUGUGCACGGAAAAUGCUAUUAUUCUAAAGCGCUUCAACAGAUACCCGCUUAUCAUCGACCCUUCUGGCCGCGUUACCGAAUUUUUGCAGAAGGAGAGCAAAGACCGGAAGCUUACAGUUACUAGCUUCUUGGACGACUCGUUUAUCAAACAAUUGGAGAGCGCAUUACGGUUCGGCAACCCAAUUCUUAUCCAAGACGCUGAGUAUCUGGACCCUAUUCUCAAUCAUGUUCUCAACAAAGAAUACCAGAAAACUGGUGGCCGUGUCCUUAUCCAGUUGGGUAGACAGGAAAUUGACUUUUCCCCUGCCUUCAAAUUGUUCUUAUCGACAAGGGACCCGUCUGCAACUUUCGCCCCAGACAUCUGCAGCAGAACAACUUUCGUUAACUUCACUGUCACCCAGAGCAGUCUCCAGACUCAGUCUCUAAAUGAAGUGCUCAAGUUUGAACGCCCCGAUGUUGACGAACGCCGAACGAAUCUCAUUAAACUCCAAGGCGAAUUUAAGAUCCACUUGCGCCAAUUAGAAAAACGUCUUCUACAAGCCUUGAACGAGUCUAGAGGUAACAUCCUCGAUGACGACAAUGUCAUCGAAACCCUGGAGACAUUGAAAAAGGAAGCUGGUGAAAUUUCCAACAAGAUGGUUGAGACUGAAGGUGUCAUGACCGAAGUUGAAAACAUUACACUUCAGUAUAACAUCAUUGCACGAUCCUGCAGUGCCGUAUUCGCUGUUCUUGAGCAACUUCAUCACCUUAAUCACUUCUACCAAUUCUCUCUGCAGUACUUUGUCGACAUUUUUAACACUGUCCUCCACCAGAAUAAACAUCUCGCCCAGGAAAAAGACCAUUCUGCAAGAGUCAACAUCAUCCUCCGUGACCUGUUCAUUACCGCCUACCAAAGAACUUCACUUGGCCUUCUCCAGAAAGACAGAAUAACACUCGCCAUGCUUUUAGCUCAAGCCUCGCCUUAUUCUAUGGAUAAGGGAAUUAUAGACACUAUUCUGGACACGAGUGUCGAGGGGUGUGAUGUAUCCUUAAACAAGGAUCUCAAAGAUUCCUUAAUGGCAACUGCUUCUCAGAUGUCGCUCUUCAGUUCAUAUUUGCCGUCAGUUACUCCAGAGGCUUGGGAGAGGUUCCUCUCAGAAGAGUUUGCUGAAAAUUUUGUCCCUACUGUCUGGGAGGAAGGCACCAGCCCCCGUGACCAGCAACUCCGGUCGCUUCUCUUGGUGAAACUCUUCCGCAUUGACAGAUUUGUCCCUACUGCUGAAAAAUUUGUUACUGAAGUUUUUGGACGGGAGCUCUUUGAGAGCAGCGGAGAUCUUAAGGAUGUCGUUGAACAGGUUACUGCCACCGCCCCUAUUUCACUAAGCUCAAGUCCCGGUUUCGAUGCCAGCUACAAGGUAGAUGGACUUGUCGAACGGAUGCACGCAACUUGUGCAAACAUUGCCAUGGGUUCGAACGAAGGAGUUGAGAGCGCGGACAAAGCUAUCAGUAACGCGGCUGCAACUGGCACCUGGGUCCUCGUCAAAAACGUACAUCUUGCGCCGUCUUGGCUUCAAAGUCUCGAAAAACGCCUCGACUCUCUCAAACCACAUAGCGAUUUCAGACUUUUCCUAUCCAUGGAGUCGAGUCCCAAAAUACCUGUCAAUUUGAUUCGAGCUUCGCGAGUUCUGAUGUAUGAGCAACCCGCGGGUGUACGCGCCAAUAUGAAGGACUCUCUCUCAUCCUUAUGCGCCAGAGCCAGUAAACCACCAGUGGAGAAAGCUCGUAUUUAUCUGUUGCUCUCAUUCCUACAUGCAGUCGUUCAGGAGAGACUUCGCUAUGCACCUAGCCUGGGAUGGAAAGGUUUCUGGGAAUUCAAUGACAGCGAUUAUGAAUGUUCUGCGUUUAUAAUCGACACGUGGGUUGACUCGAUUGCGCAAGGCCGUUCCAACGUCGCGCCGCAGAAAUUCCCUUGGGACUUGCUCCGCACAUUGAUUACCGAAACAUACGGUGGUAAAAUCGACGAUAGCGGGGAUUUCCAGCUUCUCAACGAUCUUGUUAAUAGCAUCCUGACUCCAGCUGCUUUUGAGGAUGAACACAACCUAGUUGCUGGUAUCGAAGAUGAUGAUUGCCUUAAGCUACCCUCAGGAACUAGUAUGCGAGACUUUGUUGAAUGGGUCAAUCGACUACCCGAGCGUGAACCCCCAACGUAUCUGGGACUGCCUGCCAACGCAGAAAAACUGCUUCUUGUUGGAUAUGGCAAGACAAUGAUUGAGAACCUUGCCAAAGUUACCAACCUUCUCGAUGAGGGAGAACAGUUGAUGGUAGAGUCGACCGCUCUAUAA